AUGAAUGACCCCACUAUGUUGCAACAAAUGUCAAGCAACCCUAUGCUUUUAAACCGAGUUAUUGGUGCACAGAGUGGAGGUUUAAGAGCGGCACUUUUAGCGAAAAUGGCAGGCUAUGGUGGAGCUGCAGACGGAACAGCUUAUAACCCUCAAAGUCAAAUGAAUUUGAGUUCACUCAAAAAUCAAAUAACAGAUGUCAAAAAGUCAAACAUAGACAUACAGAAACAAAUAAGUGAAAACGAAAAGAAACUAGAAUAUGACAGACACACAAAGAAACUCAAUGAGUUAAACGUAGAGAAAAAGAAGAAAGAAGAACAACUGAAAGAACUAAGUACAGAGGAAUAUGCGAAAAAAGUGUCAGAAAAAGCAGCAGAAGUAGCAAAAAUGGAACAAGAUGUUAUAAAUUUGAAAAACCAUACUACUCAAUAUAAAGUACUGAAAGAUGAAGAAAUAAAACAAAAAGCCCUGAAGACAUAUAUGGAUAGCGAUGAGUAUAAAAAAGAAGUUGAAGCAAAUGUAAAGGCAGAAAAACUUUUACAGUUGCAAAACCAAACCGUACAGUAUGAAAACUUAGCACAAGAAA